AUGAAUGAAACGCUGACUGGUCGUUGCAGCUACACGAUAGCUGGAUGGGUUUCGCGGUCACGUUUCGGUCACAAGGAAGUUCUAGCCCAAGUACCGCACCAAUUGCUGUGGGAAGUGUAUCGCUAUGUGGUGAACAUGGGCAAUGAUACCUUGGAGCUGUAUUUAUUGUUCUUACAAUUGGAGGCUCGAGAUAUGCCACAGCACUUCUCACAAAAGCUCUCGAUCCGCGAUGUCAGCGUAGUUGAAUUGAGUCAUCUACUUGGCGGAUCCGCAACGAAGCUACCACUUGAUCUACAAGUGCAUGCAUGUAGAGACGUCGAUGAUAUGCGUCAAUUAGUUGAUCUACAGUGUCUUCAUGGGUUAUCCGUGAUGUGCCCCGUAGGUGACCUUAUACUUUCAUACUGGAUCACGCGGCUGAAGAACUUGAAGGGCAAAUGGACUCAAUUGAAAUGGCUCGUUGUGCCGACCAGUGUCAGUGCCAUGCACGUCUACAAGCUACUGGAAGCGAUCCCUAGCUUGGAGACUAUAGCGUGUGGGUUAGAUGCCGACCACGUAAGACAGGUGCCUCAAUUACGUAAACGGCUGCAUCUGACUGAUCCGCUCAUCAAGACAGAGUCACAGAUCCAAAUUGCACUAUUAACAGAAAGAUUUACUACUUCUAGACCAAGCUACAAGGCUACUGUUAACCCAGUUACUAUUUCCGAUACACAUUCUGUGUACCAGGUUACUCCAAUCGAUACGGUGAGCACCAGCAACAUGCGUAAGAGACCUAGAUUAAACACCAAGAGGAUAUCCGCGAGCCAAUAUUUUGGGAUAUAG